AUGGCUAUUUGCUUCGAUUGCUGGAAACUCAUAAAAAUCGAUGAUGUGAAUCCUAAAAAAUCAUUCCAUUUUACUAGACAGAGGUAUAUUGAUCGUCUUGAACCUAAAGACCUGAUGCAGGAACAUUGGGAUCACGAAUGUAAUAAACCAAAGACUGAUUUUGGAAAAGCAAGAAUUAUACAAAUAGCUUAUCGAAAUUAUAAGAAUAGACCCGAAUCAUUAGCAACCCAAGCUUGGAACGCAAUCAGAGAUGAUGGUACUUCUAAUGAUGAAAAAUUUCUAGGUUUAACUCGACAUCAAGUAAAAAAUCCUCAGACUCGAGAACAAUUUAAUCAAUGGCGUACUAAAUGGAUUGAAUUAUAUAAAAACAAUCCCAUGAUGCGCAGUUGCAUUAUUAAUAGACAAUAUAAAGAAUAUUAUAUUCCAGAUAAUUGGAUAGAUUCUAAAAAGAGUCAAUUGCAAGUUAGAUUCCAAAAGCGACUUUUAGAAAUAGAAGCAUAG